UUCUCAUUUUUUGUUUAGCAAUAAUGCGAUGAGCGGAUAGUUCAAUUUGCUUAAUUUGUGAGUUCGUGAAAAUUGGAAUAUUUGUUAAUAAAUUUUCUAAAGGCCUUCAUUAAUUAAAUAUUCAAUUUGGAUAAAAUAAUUCAAAAUGCCUUCAACAAUAUUCAAUAGAUUAUUUUUUAUUUCGCUUAUCGUAUUCUUGAUAAGCUGUUGCAGUUUGGUGGCCGUUCAUUCUCAACUCAUUCCAUUCGCUAGACAAGAAAUCUUUGCCUUAACCAACAAAGUAACUGUAAAAGAAUUGAAUUCUUUGAGUUCCCAAGAGACCAGCUAUACUUUUAAUUCUCUGCUAAAAGUGUCUUCGAUAUGGAAUUCAAAAAAGAAUCAGCUAUUGCAAGUUCACUUUAUGGACAAUCGUGUGAAAGCUCCUCGGAAAAAGACGAACAAAGAAUUUUCUCAGCCCAUCACUAAAAUGCCUGAUCGACCAUUCUAUAUCAGCCUGAAGAAUGGUAAACCUGUUAACGUCAUUGCUCAUACUUAUCGAGAUCAAUCGCUCUUGAAUAUGGAGAAGGCUGUGGCGUCCCUGCUUCAAAUACAACACGAAAGUGGUCUAACUACUGAGGUGGAUGUUCUCGGGGAAUGCAAAACUUUCUAUUCUGUCCGAUCCAAAACUAGAAUAGAAAAACUUAAGACAGAUUGUUCACACUGGGAUUUGAAAGUAAAUUAUAGGGCAGAGAAGCCAUUAGGCGUUCGUUUGAGUUCUCAGGAGAUGGUGGAAUAUGAUUUGUCGGAGGAAGGCAUGCUAAUGAAAGCCCAAUCCGUAGAAACUCAUCGUAUGUCCUUAGAGGCCCAGCCCGAAGUAGGUAGUAAAGUGGAAUCGUUGUUUAUAUUGGAACAUACUGGUAGUGAUGAAAAAUCAGUGAAACAAUUGGUUUUUAAGAGCCUGGACGAAGCUAUUGAGAGUCUUUUAGAAUGGUACCGGGUUUUUGAAAUCAAUGGCGAUGUUGAUGGCGUUAUAAGUGAAAGCAAAGACCAAACAUUAACGCAACAAGUGUCUUCUUAUGUUAAGGAUUUGUACGACGACCAAACCGGUAAGGAAAGUAUGGCUAAAGCGUUCGUCAAUUUGCUACCUUUGGCUCGGAUUACUAAACAAUCGGAAUUUAAAGACAUUCUAAACGAAUAUCCCGAUAUACAAUUUCAACUCGUUGAUUUACUGGCAGCGGUACAAACUGAAGACGCGCACAAUGCCGUUUACGAAUUAUUAGAAUCAGAUGACGAGCUCUUGGAACAAUACUUAAAAUCAUUGGCGGUGGGCACUCAUCCAGACACGGCCAUCAUAGAAGACCUUUUGGAAAGAUUACAAUCGCUAGCCAAACCUAUCGAAAAUGAUAAACUAAGCGAUUCGGUCUUACAAACCCUGGCUUCUUUAACGAAACAACUCGGUUUUGAGCCCGGCAAUGCAAUGCUUAUGAAAAUUCGGUCAUUUAUACUGAAUAACCUGGAGAGCGAAUGCGUAGACGAUGAGGCGUGCAAGACUCGUUACAUAAGAGCGUUGCAAAAUCUACAAGACCCUUCCACGGUCGACACUUUGUUGAAUUUGGCAUUGGACGGGGAAACUAAAAUUUCCGUGACUGCCAUGCAAGCUUUGCGUAGUUUUCCUAUCGCGUAUUUUAAUGAAAAGCACCUCCAAAAAUUUUCACGAAUUUUUUAUCAAACUCAAAAAAGAUACGACACAUCGGCACGGACUCUGGCCCUAGAAAUCAUUCUGACGAUGAAACCUUCCAAGGAACAAUUGGAUCAGUUAUUGGAUUAUUUGAAUUCAAAUGAUAAACAUUUCGAGAUCAAAACUUAUGUUAUACAAAAACUGAAUGUCUUAGCUGAGAAAUGCUCUAAAUUUCGGGCACUCUUAAAGAGAUGCUUAAAAGAAAGGCCACACAUCAAUAAUUACAAUAUUAUGGCGCAGAAAGGACUUACCACUGUCUUAUCUCGUCAUCUAUCUUGGACGCCGGCUUUUAAUGAAAGCUUAUUAAGCGUACAGGAAAUAUAUCGAGGCGUAUUGAAACGUGGCUCAGUAGAAUUAUUUUUAAGCGCUGGACAAGAGGAAACUAGCUUAUGCAAAUUGGAUAUUUAUACCAGCGGUUUAACUUCUUUUGUUGGUGACAGCGAUAGUGGUGCGGACGACAAUGAUUAUGAGGCUAGUCCAGUUACAGCUGGUAUGGAAAUCUCAAUACAGAGUGUUUUGCAUAGGCCCUUGGUAUUUUUUAAUGGACAAGCUGAGCUAAUGGGUCAUGUUUGGAAGGGCACUGCGUCUGAACCGACGCCAGCUUUGCAAGCCACUACUUUGACUCAAGAUUUUGAACACUACAUUAUAUUGGCUUCGGGAGCUACUGCAUACAUGCGAGUCAUAGGCUUCAGAUCGAUAGACUUGUAUGGAAAAGUGGAGCUUAGUUUGUGGAACCGAAACGCGCAAACCGAAAUAAUGCAAAACACUGCUGCUGCCGUUCAUGGUAUCAUGAAAGUGGGUUUUACUUACGCUCAAGUCUCUAAUGAAUUCAUGUUCAGCUACGAACCAAGGAUUAGUUUACUAGCCGAUUUAGAUUUUUAUUCGGGCAUAAAACUGUGCAUUCAAUUGCAACGUCCGCAAAUGUUCCUUAACCAUGCAAACACUCGUUCUGUAAACAUAAAGAACACUGCUAAACGGUAUUCGAAAAAAGUGAAUUCGAAGCAUUCGCAUAAAUUUCCGGGCAGUACUUUAGCUUUAAAUCAAAAAAAUAAUGAAAUGUGUAAUAUAAUCUCCCAAUAGCGGCAAUCACAGCGUGAACGUUUAUAACAAUCCUAAGUUCAAUUAGGUGUUUUCUUAUUACCUCGAAAGCAAUGCAAACCUUUUAAAGGUUUUAUGCUAAAAAUUGUUGCCAAAUUUUUUAUAUAAAUGAACUUUUUUACUAAAUAAAUAUGUUUCUUAAAAAACAA